GGAUUCGAGGGCUGGUCAGUGUGCCUCUGCUUUCAGUGCUAGUCCGGUGCUUUCAGUGUUCAGAGCGCUCCUCACGUCUUUUCGCCUGCUUCCAAUCGUCUAUUUUUCGUUCCGUGAUAAGAAAUCCCACUUUAUUGCUCUGUGUGAUUAUUUGUUGAGGCUCGCGCUCUUGGGUGUGACCAGUCGCUUUCCAUCAAUCACUGGCGCUCGUGCAAAGCUCUGCAGCAUGAAGAUCGAGUGGGCGCCGCUCAACGUGCCCUUCCACCGGCGCAUGGAGACACUCGCGGCGGCGGCGUGGAUGGCCCUCAUCCUCUUCGGCGAGCUGGUCAUCCUCUUCAUCUACCUGGCGCUCCUCGUGAAGGGCAACAUCUACAUUCAGACGCUGUGCGUGAUUUACUUCAUUUUCCUCUACCAAGACCGCGGAGCGGGCGAAAACGGCGGUCGAGGUCAAGGGUCGAAGUGGCUGAGAAAUUGGACUUGGUGGAAGUUGUACAGAAAUUACUUCCCCGUUGAACUUGUGAAGACCGUCGAUUUGCCCGCCGAUCGGAAUUACUUGCUGGCGGCCUUCCCGCACGGACUUCUGAGUUCGGCCGCAUUCACUAGCUUCUGCACUGACACCACAGGUUGGCCUAAGCUCUUCCCCGGCGUUCGCGCCAAACUGGUCACUCUGGGCUUCCACUUUUACAUCCCCAUCUUCAGAGAGCUGCUCCUGAGCUGGGGAAUGGUCUCAGUGUCCGCUAAGAGUCUCCACACGCUUCUGACCUGGUCCAAUGACAAGAACCACCCAAAGAACUACGACGGCAACACUUCCACAGCUUGCGUGAUCGUUGUUGGCGGCGCCCAGGAAGCGCUCAACACGCGUCCGAACAACUAUCAGCUGGUCCUGAAGAAGCGCAAGGGAUUCGUGAAGAUGGCUCUGAGGACAGGGACGUCUCUGGUUCCCGUGAUGUCUUUCGGGGAGCUCGAUCUCUUCGAUCAGCCCGCCAAUCCGCCAGGAUCUCUGCUGCGUCGCUACCAGGAGUUCGUGAAGAGAGUCACCGGAAUCGCGCCAGCCAAAUUCAUCGGACGCGGCUUCUUCCAAUACAGCUACGGCAUGAUUCCGCGCCGGAAGCCGCUGACGACGGUGAUCGGGGCGCCAAUUGCCGUGCCGAAGAUCGAUGAGCCCACGAUUGAGGACGUGGAGAAAUAUCACGAAGAGUUCUGCAAGGCGCUCACGGACCUGUUCAACACGCACAAGACCAAGUACAUCAAGGAUCACGAGAAUGUGCACCUGAGAAUUGACUGAAAAGCCCCCAAAAGCUGCUAUCGAGAAAAUUGCUUAAAAGCCAAGCAAGUGACUAGAGUUGCUCAUUAGGUGAAACCUGAGAUAUUAACUUACGCGAGGAAGAGAGACCAAAGUAUUUUUCCUCAUGUCUCUCCAUAUCUUCAUAUACAAAUUUACUUAACUAUUUAAGGAUCUACAUAAAUUGGGGGUUUUGCAAUAAAUUGUUUACUGUUGUACACAAAGUAUUUUGGUGGAGUUUGUAACACAUUUCGGUGUGCACGAUUGUCAAACAAUGAGGAAAUGAAAGAAUUGAUAAGGGAAUUUGGUGAAGCGUUGAACUUUUGUUGACAUUUUUCAACACGCUCUUUAGUGGUUAUGCACAAUCCUCAUAUUUAUCAGCAAUUGUAUCAUUAAUACAAGAUUAAAUUGAGAUCAAAUCAAGAAACAAUGUACAAUUCUUAGGGAAAUGUUAGACAAGGCAUAGUUUGGAAGAAUAAACAUUUUUACAGAA